AUGGGCCUCAACUCCGGCUCCAAAGCGAUCAUCACGGCCAUGCGAGCUGCGCAGCCCUACACUGGCUUGAAGAGGUUGACUGUAGAGGUCAACGACCUCUUGCCACCGAAAAUGAAGGUCGAGAAACACGAGCUCCGUGACUUCGUCCGGAUCCUGGACAAUCCUAGCAACACGCCUGUCACCAUCACCAGGCCUCGUGAUGAGUCCUUCCCGGCCAACAUUGUCAAUCAAGCAUUUUCUGUUUAUAGAGAUGCUGAGCGGCAAUUUCUUCUCGAUCUUGAACACGAUACUGUCCGGAAUCUGUAUCCCCAGGGCCCAGAGCCGAAAUGUCACGCCGUUGCCCAUCUGCGCCAUCACGUGGAGCUGCUUUUGACGCUGAAGGGAAUGAAGCCAUGCGUCCCCUUUGUUAGCCCCAAACCAACUGGCAUUGCCACUAUGGAUAGCAUGGUUCUCCGCUGCCUCGUCCCUUUGAUGGAGCAGUUCGAUCUGGAGUCAUACGGCUUCAAGCUGUACUAUAUUGCCACCAAUAUCCGGACCACCACCCAGCAGUUCAGGGGCUUCAAGGGCUCCUGGGUCUUCGCAGACCUCCGGUCAGUAGCAUGGCCCCUCGUCCGCGACAUUUUCGUGACGCCGCGCGACCCCGUGCACCGUCUGCCCGAGAGUCUACUCUGCAGGGCCAUGGGAAUGCCCGUACACAACGACCGUCUGAUCAACAGGGUCGUCAUCAAGGACCACACCGAGUACGAGCUGCUGCAGUCUGCCUUCGACCAGGACACCUGCCAAGUGGGCGUCGUGGAUAUCUUCUGCGACGAUGGCAACAAGGAGGACUGGCUGGUCAUAAUAAGAUACUUCAAGCGAUGCCAGCUCGUUGCGCUUGAGCUGGGCACUGCGUUGAUUAUUGAUGUGGGCGAACACCCGAUGAUGGAGCAGUGGCUUGCCAUGGAAGUACGGCGAGCGACUUAG